CUCCCGCGCGCCCUGCCCGCGGCGCACCGCUCGGGGCGCCGCUCCGUCCGCCCCCGUCGGCGGCCGCGGGGCGCGGGGCCCACGCGCGACCGGGGAAAGCGGCGCAGGCGCCCCGUUGGCGACAGUCCGAGCCACGAGUCCCUCUGCAUUCUCCGCCUGCGCCUGGCUGGAGCCGCCUGGGGACUAUGGUUUUGGACCAAGAGGACGUUCGUAGUUCCUUGCAAUUCUGAGGCACAAAAGUAGGUGAGACUGCUUUUGUAUCUGCGAAGUGCUUCACUCCUGAAUGUAAUUCUAGCUGAGUGCAAUCUAGGUUAAGAGCCGGACAAGCGGGUAAUUAGAGCCCGCUCGCUGCCGGAGGACCGGCCGCCUAGCCGAAGCGCGCCCGGAGUCGGCGCCCUUUCUCCGGCCGAACCGAGCAGCGGCUGGACAAGGAGCGCCCGAGAUGAUGGUGCUGGACAAGGAGGACGCCAUCACCCCCGCGCCCGCCGCGUAACCGGAGAGGCGCUGAGCGCCCAGCAAAUCAGCAGCUUCGGGGAGAAACGGACUAGAGAGCUUGGGGGCGAGCGAGAGCGCGGGAGGACCUCGCGAAAGCCGGGAUGCCGGACCAAGAAGAGAAGGCCAGCUGGGCCCUCAGGAAGGGGGUGGGGGAAGCGGGCCACCGGCAUGACUUGGUGAGAGGGACGGACGUCUCUUGUGCUGGCCUCUACCUCAUGUCUCCUUGAAUGUGAAGGCAAGAGUUUGAGCCAGAAGAACUGUCCCGCAGUGGGCCAGUAGCACUCCAGGGGGAGUGGUUUGAGGGUGGCCUGGAUAUAUGGUCAAGAGCCUGGGUGCUUCAAGAGGGCUGAGAGCUGAGAGGUCAUGUGGCUGCAGCACUCCCCUAGCAGGUGGUCUCGUGUACCCCCGAAGUCUUUUUGGCUGGGAGUGCCUUGCAGUAAGUGGCCUAAAAGGUUGGGGAAUCCCAGCUGCCUUGGAGGUAAAAUACAGCAUGUGUCCUGUAACCUAAGAGAGGCACCAAGGUCCAGGGAGUGGCUGCCCCAGGAGUCCUUGGGCCCUAUAGGUGUGCCGAUGCUCUCCGUCCAACCUAAAGGGAAGCAGAAGGGCUGUGCAGGCUGCAACCGCAAGAUCAAGGACAGGUACCUGCUGAAGGCACUAGACAAGUACUGGCAUGAGGACUGCCUCAAGUGUGCCUGCUGUGACUGCCGCCUGGGUGAGGUGGGCUCUACUCUAUACACCAAGGCCAACCUCAUCCUCUGCCGACGUGACUACCUGAGGCUUUUUGGCACCACCGGAAACUGUGCUGCGUGUAGCAAGCUGAUCCCAGCUUUUGAGAUGGUGAUGCGGGCCCGAGACAAUGUGUAUCACCUUGACUGCUUUGCCUGCCAGCUCUGCAAUCAGAGAUUUUGCGUGGGAGACAAAUUCUUCCUGAAGAACAACAUGAUCUUGUGUCAGAUGGACUAUGAGGAGGGGCAGCUCAAUGGCACCUUUGAAUCCCAGGUUCAGUAAUGCCCAGCAUCUGGCCUCCAGGUCCAUCUGUCCGUCUGCCCGCCUGACCACCUGUCUGGCGGGCCAGCCAGCCAUUCUGCCUGCGCGGGCUGGCCGGCCGCUGUCCUACAAGUUAGAACUUCAUCCUCGAUGGGAAGGUGGCUUUUCUCCAUCACCACUGCCCAUCUCUGUGGGACCCCUCCUGGGGCCAGGCUCAGCCUGUACAGUCUGUCUUCUGUAUAUAAAUGGGAACAUUUAUUUUAUGAGAAAUGUAAUGCGAUUUUAUUACUGGCGUGGAUUAAACUUAUGAAUGUUUCCGGG